AUGCUGGGCAAGUUCCUAGUCGCCGCUCUCGCGGUCGUCGGCGGUGUCAACCCCGUCGAGGCUCAGCAGCAAAACAUUUUCGUUACUGGUGUCCCCGUCACUGGUGGAGCUGCUGUUCCUGCUCGAAAGAACAUCAAUGACAUGCACAAGGCUGGCGGCCCCGCCUGGGACCUUUACAUGCGAGCUGUGCGCUCCAUGUACGAUGCUAAGGAGACUGACUGGAAGUCCUACUUCCAGGUUGCUGGUAUUCACGGAAAGCCCUUUAUUCAGUGGAACGGUGGUGGUGGUCGAAGCGGCAAUGGCUGGCCCGGAUACUGCCCUCACGGUGAGAGCAUCUUCCUGACAUGGCACCGUCCCUAUGUCAUGCUCUACGAGCAGAUCCUCGUCGAGCAUGCCAAGCGCCUGGCCAACCUCUACCCCUCCAAGUACCGCAAGCAGUACGUUGACGCAGCCAACAACCUGCGAGCUGCCUACUGGGAUUGGGCCCUCGAUGGCAUUCCCUCUAUCCUCACCCAGCAGAAUGUCGCCGUCAAGGUUCCCAACGGCAGCGGCCUCAAGACCAUCAACAUGAAGAACCCGCUUUACACUUACAACUUCCCCAAGGACGCCCUCAACAACAAGUACGGAUCAUGGGACGACGAGCACCGCGUUCGCAUCUACCACUGCCCCGCUCCCGAUAGCUUCCCUUCAAGUGCCAACAAGCUCCUCCGCCAGCGACCUUACAAGCAAUGGGUCUACGAUGUCAUGACCCGACCCACCACCUUCAACCAGUUCGCUUCCACCGGUGCCAACGGUGCUUCUCUCGAGCAGAUUCACAACGCCAUUCACUGGGAUGCUUCUUGUGCUGGCCAGUUCCUCGCCACUGAGUUCUCUGGCUUCGACUCUCUCUUCUGGUUGCACCACGCCAACGUCGAUCGUCUCUGGGCUUACUGGCAGGCCAUGCACCCUAGCCAGUCUACGUUCACCGGCUCUUACUCUGGUGGUGCCCGUUACUCUACUCCCCAGGGCACCCGCAUCACACCCAGCUCUCCUCUCAACCCCUUCUACAAAUCCAGGGGUAACUUCCACACCUCUGACAGUGUUAAGAGCAUCAAGGGUUUCGGUUACACCUACGCUGGACUCGAGUACUGGCACAUGUCUGCCAGCCAGCUCUCUAGCUCCGCCCGAACCACCAUCAACCGUCUCUAUGGCAGCGGUUCUUCCCGCCGUCGUGAUGUUGAGGAGCGUGGCCUGAUUGAGGAGCGUGCUGGUGCCAACACCACCCGUUACUUUGCCAACGUCCAGCUCGAUGUCACCGAGGUUGAGCGACCUGCCCAGGUCAACGUCUAUGUCUCCGGAAAGCUCGUUGGUGGUCUCGUCGUUAUGCGACAGCCUGCUGAGGGUAUCGUUCACGGUUCUUUCUCCGCUGACCAGGCUGCCGAUGCCCCUCAGCUUCUUGCUGCCUGCUCUCCUACCAAGGUUGCCGAUGCCGUCACCAGCGGCCUCCAGGUUGAGAUUGUCAAGCUCGACGGCUCCAAGAUUGACAUCAGCACCGUCCCCAGCUUGAAGCUUAGCCUCGACGAUGUUGCUUACACUCCUCCUGCUGCUGAGGAUGACCUCCCUGUCUACGGCACUCCUCGCACCCAGCCCGCCAAGGCUGUUGCCCUCACCAACGCCAAGGCACUCAAGGCCGUCGCCGCUUGUGCCAACAAGCUUCCUUCUUUCAACCCUCCUGUCUAA